UUCUCUCCUUUGCUGCUCCUUCGACCUCCCUCCCCUCUCUCUCUCUCUCUCUCUCCAUCUCUGUCUUCUCCCUUCUCUGAGUUCUCUCUUUCUCUUCCCCCCCAGACACUCUCAGCUUCCAUUGCCCCUUCUCGCACCUCUGUUACUCCUUCAAGUGAGAGGAGUAGAUUCUGAACAAACUUAUUUCUUUUGAGAGGAAGAUGGCUAGUGUUGUUAGCGAAGAGGCUGAAGGGAUGAGGUCGGUGGAUAGUAGUAUUGCAAAUGGGCAUCACAGUCAACCUGGAGAAGCGUUGGCUGAAUGGAGGUCUUCUGAACAAGUGGAAAAUGGAACACCAUCAACUUCACCUCCAUACUGGGACACCGAUGAUGAUGAUGAUGAUGCUGGGCCAAAACCUUCUGAAUUAUAUGGAAAACAUACGUGGAAGAUAGAGAAGUUUUCUCAACUUAACAAACGAGAACUUCGAAGUAAUGCAUUUGAGGUUGGCGGCUACAAAUGGUAUAUUUUAAUAUAUCCUCAAGGCUGUGAUGUCUGCAAUCAUCUCUCCCUGUUUCUUUGUGUCGCAAAUCAUGACAAACUCCUUCCAGGUUGGAGCCAUUUUGCACAGUUUACAAUAGCAGUGGUGAAUAAGGAUCCAAAGAAAUCAAAAUAUUCUGAUACCUUACAUCGGUUCUGGAAGAAAGAGCAUGACUGGGGAUGGAAAAAGUUCAUGGAGCUUUCGAAAGUAUUAGAUGGUUUUAUUGAUGCUGACACUCUCAUAAUAAAAGCACAAGUUCAAGUAAUUAGGGAGCGAGCUGACCGGCCUUUUCGUUGCCUUGAUUGUCAGUAUAGGAGAGAACUUGUCAGGGUAUAUUUGACAAAUGUUGAGCAGAUAUGCCGACGUUUUGUGGAAGAGAGAAGAGGCAAGCUGGGAAAGUUGAUAGAGGAUAAAGCUAGAUGGUCAAGUUUUCGUGCUUUCUGGUUGGGAAUUGACCAGAAUGCUAGGCGACGUAUGUCUAGGGAAAAGACCGACACAAUUCUAAAAGUUGUUGUAAAACACUUCUUUAUAGAGAAGGAGGUGACAUCUACUCUAGUGAUGGAUUCAUUAUACAGUGGAUUGAAGGCUCUCGAAGGGCAUACCAAGUGCAAAAAGGGAAAAGCAAAACUAUUAGAUGCUGAAGAGAUGCCAGCUCCAAUAGUUCACAUAGAGAAAGACACAUUUGUUUUAGUGGAUGAUGUUCUACUGCUGCUUGAGAGGGCUUCUAUGGAACCAUUACCACCAAAAGAUGAGAAGGGCCCUCAAAAUCGUACUAAGGAUGGGAGCUCUGGAGAAGACUUCAACAAAGAUUCCAUUGAACGCGAUGAAAGGCGUCUUACAGAAUUGGGUCGUAGGACUGUGGAAAUAUUUGUCCUCGCUCAUAUAUUUAGCAGUAAAGUUGAAGUUGCCUAUCAGGAGGCUGUUGCAUUGAAGAGGCAAGAGGAACUCAUUCGUGAAGAAGAAGCUGCGUGGCAGGCUGAAAUUGAACAAAAGGCAAGGCGAUUAGCUUCAGAAAAGGAAAAGAAAUCAAAGAAAAAACAGGCUAAACAAAAACGAAACAACCGCAAAGCUAAGGAUAAAGGGAGGGAAGAAAAGGCUAAUGUGACUGCACUGGUAAGAGAACAAGAAAACCUUAGCAAUAGGAAGGAGGAUGUCAUUGUGGAUGAGGUGCAGCCUGUGCUAGAAAAGUCUGACCUGCCAGAAGUUGUGUCUGAUGUCUCUGAUUCAGUUGAAGGCGUUGGUGAAGUACUCCAGCCUGAUUCAGAAGACAGAGAUGCCAGUCCUAUCAAUUGGGACACUGACACUUCAGAAGUUCAUCGCUCAAUGGAAGCAAGUAGCAGUGGCGUUAGCAGUCUGUCUUCUGCCCAAACCCCCUUAUCUGACAAGAAGAGCGUGUCUGUUAUGGAUGACAGUUCUUCUACAUGUUCUACCGAUUCAGUUCCAUCUGUGGUAAUGAACGGGCCUUAUAAGGAGAAUUCCUUUCACAACUACAAGAAGCAGAAAUCACCGAGCAUAGGAAAGAAUCAGCAUAAGGAUCCAGCAUAUGAUCAGAAUAUUUGUGCCAAUGAGAUGGAUAGUCGGUCGUCAGAGCUUACUGCUGACUUGGAGGACCGGAGUGAGGUUUGUGGUAGUAAUAAGUCCAAAGAGUCUGAUCCUGUGGCCAUUAAUCAUUCUCUUCGGAGUCGAACAAAAAGGGUUGAACAGCAGGCAGUUAAGAAGGAGGAGAAGGUUAUUUCAUUGGCAAAGGAACGAAGCUCUAAAAACCAGGUCGAUAUGGAAAGGAUACUUAAAGAUGCGUCAGCAGCUGUACCAUCCUCCCCUCAGAACCACCAGGAUCAUAUGCCAUCAACUGUGGAACAGAAGUUGAGCAACCCGAGUAUCGCUGCUGUUGAUCUUAUUCAAUCUAAAGCAUCAUCUUCAGCUAGCGUAUCUCCUACAGAGAAGAUGCCUGUAGUUGCCUCAUCCCAUGUGGUAAGUGCUGUAAAAGCAGAGGCUCAGAAGGCGGCAAUUCCGAAACCAACUGAAAAGGCCACCGCACAGCAAGCUCCUAUGAUGUCGAGGCCUUCCAGUGCACCUUUAAUUCCUGCUCCAAGAGCUACAGCACCUGUUGUUAAUGUAGUCCACACGUCCCCACUGCUUGCUCGUUCAGUGAGUGCAGCAGGCCGGUUAGGACCAGACCCUGCACCAGCCACACAUAGUUAUGCUCCCCAAUCUUAUAGAAAUGCCAUAAUGGGCAACCAUGUAGCACCGAGCACCGCUGGAUAUGUUCAUCUAAGCACUCCAACUUCAGGUGUGAACCCAUCUCCAACAUUCUCUUUAGCAUCUGCUAUGGUUUCUUCACCCGUGUUUGUGCCGCACAACUCUGAAAGGUUGGAUCUAAAUGCUGUUAGAUCUAGUUUUCCUUUCGGCAUGGUAACCCGAGAUGUCUUAUCAAAUAGUCCCCAGUGGGCAGAGGGUUCGCAGAGGGAAGCUGUUAGGAGCAUGAAUUACAAUUCUUCCCUGCUUAAUGAUGUUCAAGAUUUGUACAAGAAGCCAAUUCGUGGUGGAAACCAUGACCUUUUGCCAGGGGACUUCCCAGCUUGUACCUCUGGUCGCUACCUCCAAGGUUUUGCAGAUGAGUUUCCCCACCUUGACAUAAUUAACGAUCUGCUUGAUGAUGAAAAUAUUGUUGGGAUUUCAGCUAGAGACAACCCAGUGUUCCAGACUCUUGGCAAUGGACCAAGUUUGUUGAACAGGCAGUUCUCGCUUCCUGGUGAUAUGGGAGGGAUGGCUGGUGAUGUUGGGUCAUCGACAAGCUCUUGCAGGUUUGAGCGGACACGGAGCUAUCACGAUGGUGGGUUUCAACGGGGAUAUGGCUCUUCCAGCAGCCGUUACGAACCAGUCAUGGAUUAUAUUCCACCAUCCAGUCAACAACAGCACAUAAAUGGGCAGAUUGAUGGGUUGAUCCCAAAUUGGCGCGCAGCUUCUGAUCUAUCUUUACUCGGGACAAGGACCUUAGAUUUUGAUGGUUACCAAUAUCUUAAUGCAGAGUACUCAAAUAUGGCGCAUGGGAUCAAUGGCUACAACGUGUUUCGGCCGUCAGAUGGGCACUGAGUGAGAAGCAAGAAGCAAAAACAUGGAUGGAAUUUGGCUUGCCUACAAGUUAGUGGGUACUGUCCACUGUAAUAACGUACCAGGAAGUUGUUGGGGUCUUGGAUUUGGAGUGGGGUUGUAAUCCUUCUCAUAAGAAAACAAUUUGUAAAGAGUGUCUUCUCUUUCCUAGCCUUAAAUGCAAAUUUAGUCGUCGUUGAGGUUUUUGAUUAUUUGCCCUUUUUGGUUAUCUGGUUAAAAGCGUAUUGCGUAUACGACAAUAUCCUGAAUCCUCACCACUGCUAAAUAGAGCUUCAGUAUUUUCUCUAUUA